AUGUCAUCAUCAUCCAUCAUCCAUGAUCCAGAAGUAGAAAUUAAGGUUGACGCUGGUGACAUUUCCGAAGAAGACUAUGUUUCACCUCCACCAUCAAACAACAGCAUGAAUACACCAGGGCCUCAGAAUAAAAAACAAAAGAUUACCCCAUUCCAGCAAAAUUUACUGCACCUUAUGCAACACCCACCCACACAAUCACGCUCGGAAGACAUGGAUCCUGAUAAAGCUUUCUUGUUAUCAUUCCUUCCAGAAUUCAAAAAAAUGAAUGACAACCAAAAACUCGAUUUUAAAAUAGCAUUCAUGCAAUCAGUAAAAAAUAUUUUAAACCCUCCUAUUGACCACUCGCAGAAUUUUAACGCAAACAUUCACCAAUUCAAUAAUUAUCCAAACAAUUUUGGUCAGCAAACUUCUCUCACCUAUCCCAGCUAUUCACAACAGUAUCUACCUGUGCACCCUUCUUCAAGGUACUCGGUUCCACAAAACUAUAGUUCACCAACCUCACCUCCAGACUACAGCCAGGAAGAUGUACCUAGGAUGAACCAUAGUGUUUAA